UGUCUCUCUCUCUCCAUCUGCUCUCAUUCCGUCAAACUUAACAAUCCAAUCAGAUCUCUCUCUCACAUACCGUGUUUGACCCGCAAACCUCUCCUUCGUCGAAGGAUUAGGGUUUCUAGCUAUUUCCCGUUUCCAACUUCUGAAAUCUCCGCUUCGAUUUUCUUCUAAUCUCAGUUUCGCGAUUCAAACUUGAUCCUAGACAUAAUCUGCUAUAUGAUUUGCUAAAUAGGUUCGAUCUCCGCCAUCAUUGCUUUUAGACUCGUUUGUUUUGGUGUUGGGCUUUUUUGUUUUUAUUGAAGCUGAAAAUGGUGGAUUCUGAGAGUCCAAACGGUUCUUCGCCACCGACGGCGAAGAAGUACGGCAUCACAAAGCCAAUCUCUCUUGCCGGACCCACCGACGCCGAUCUUCAGCGCAAUAUGGAAUUGGAAAAGUUCUUGAUUGAUUCGGGGCUUUAUGAGAGUGAGGAAGAAGCUGCGAGGAGAAAGGAGGUCCUAGGCCGCAUAGAUGAGAUUGUGAAAGACUGGGUGAAGCAAUUAACCCGCCUGAGAGGCUACACAGAUCAGAUGGUGGAGGAUGCAAAUGCUGUCAUUUUUACUUUUGGCUCUUAUCGUCUGGGGGUACAUGGGCCUGGGGUUGACAUAGACACAUUGUGUGUUGGGCCAUCUUAUGUGAAUCGAGAUGAAGAUUUUUUUAUUAUUUUGCAUAAUAUUCUGUCUGAAAUGGAAGAAGUUACCGAGCUUCAGCCAGUCCCAGAUGCUCAUGUCCCAGUAAUGAAAUUCAAGUUCCUGGGAAUGUCAAUCGAUCUUCUCUAUGCAAGUAUAUCCCUUUUGGUUGUUCCAGAAGACCUGGACAUCUCACAUGGGUCUGUGCUGUACAAUGUUGAUGAGCAAACUGUUCGAAGUCUUAAUGGCUGCAGGGUUGCAGAUCAAAUUCUUAAACUUGUUCCAAAUGUUGAGCACUUCCGCAUGACGCUCAGAUGUCUGAAGUUUUGGGCUAAAACACGAGGUGUUUAUUCAAAUGUGACUGGAUUCCUUGGUGGUGUAAAUUGGGCUCUUUUAGUUGCUCGGGUAUGCCAGCUUUACCCCAAUGCAAUUCCUAGUAUGCUGGUUUCUCGGUUCUUCAGAGUUUAUACCCAGUGGCGUUGGCCAAAUCCUGUGAUGCUAUGUUCAAUCAAAGAGAAUGAACUUGGGUUUCCUGUAUGGGAUCCCCGAAAAAACCCUAGGGACCGAUUUCAUCACAUGCCAAUAAUAACUCCUGCAUACCCUUGCAUGAAUUCUAGCUACAAUGUCUCAACAAGUACUCUUCGUGUUAUAAUGGAGCAGUUCCACCAUGGUCACAGGAUCUGUCAGGAGAUUGAGCUGAAAAAAGCCCAAUGGAGCGCUCUCUUUGAGCCAUAUCUAUUUUUUGAGGCAUACAAAAACUAUUUACAGGUGGAUAUAGUUGCCGCAGAUGCUGAUGAUUUGCUAGCUUGGAAGGGAUGGGUGGAGUCUCGGCUUAGACAACUUACCUUGAAGAUAGAAAGGGACACAAAUGGGAUGCUGCAGUGCCAUCCUUAUCCAAAUGAAUAUGUGGACGCCUCCAAGCCGUGUCCGCAUUGUGCUUUCUUCAUGGGCUUGCAAAGGAAAGAGGGUGUUAGAGGUCAAGAAGGCCAGCAAUUUGAUAUUCGUGGAACAGUUGAUGAGUUCAGGCAAGAGAUCAAUAUGUACAUGUUUUGGAAACCAGGGAUGGAUAUUUUUGUUUCUCAUGUUCGUCGAAAGCAGCUUCCUGCUUUUGUUUUUCCUGAUGGUCAUAAACGUUCUAGAUUGUCAAGGCACGUAAGCCAGCAGGCUGAAAAAACUUGUGAGGAUGAUGUGGGGUCUUGGUCUGGGUCUGCUGAAAGACGUCUCAAGAGGAAAAAUGAUCCUGAAAUGGUAGAUGUUAAGCCUGAAAAACCAGAGAAGCGAGUCUCUAUUAGCCCACAACCGCCGGAGUUGGCUACUCCAGAAAGUAGUACAAGUAGGUCUGGUGGAGUUUCUCAGGUCAGCUUCAGUGAAGGGGUUAGAUUAGAGUGUUUAACUGGGCAUGUAGAUAGCAAGUCUGAGGUUAGGUCAUCCGGUGGACUGUUGGGGAGUGAAGAGGGUAUCAUAAGAAAUCUUGUGCAGAUGGGUGAAACUGGUGUUAAUGAAAACCGUGUCAACCAGACUGAACAAGCUUUUGUAAGUUCAUAUAAUUCGCCAGAAGUUAGGAAUGAGGUAAUGGUAAAUGAAGCAGUGGAGAAACCUUCACCAGGGAAGGAGUCACCUACUUCAUACAAACUACCUAACUCUGUUUCUGGGGAGAAAUGUCAGAUUGGAUUGAAUGGGGACAAAGUUGGGAUAGCUUACAUGGAGAGUGCAGAAACUGGAUCUACCUGCAGAAUGCUGAAUUGGACAGAGGAUGCUGUUGAUGCUGAUCAAGAGUUGGCCAAACCAUGUAAUCAGACAAUGGGUAAAGAAAAUGCUGAAAGUGUAUUAGAACCAAGUUGCAAUACACGGAACCUCAGUUGCGAGGGCAAUGUAUGUGCAGCAGAUCCUAAUUUGCUUUUGCAAAAUGAGUGUUUCAAUGUGAGCGAAGUAUUUCAAAAUGGCUUGUCUGAAGACUUGGAGAGCCAAAUAUUGCUGCACUCGAGAGUGUUGUAAACUCGGAAGAUGGAGCUAGGUCAGAAUCUAUGCAAGAGCCAGUGAUAAGGUUGACUCUCAACUUGGCAGCAUAAUGUUUGGAAGGUGACUAUAAUUAAACAGGGAGUCACUUCCAUGAAAGGAGCCAGCACCUUGGUAAGUGGCACAUUAAUUGCUGGCUUUCUUUAUGGUUUCUCCAGGUGCACGCUACAAGACAUCUUGUGAGCUGGGAGCUCGGAUCAGAAAUGCAAAGACGUGUACAUAGCUUGGCUGUUUGGCAUAGAUUUUAGGUUUUCGCUGCGGAUUGCCGAUGAAGCUGAGAACAGUGCAGAAGGCUCUACUAAUUUAUGAAGUACAAAGGUGCUCUGAAAACUGGUCCUCUGUUCUUUAUUUUCCUUUGUGGAUGUGGGAUGUUUCGUAGCCUUCUGUUGGUGAAAGAAUCGCUCGAAAUAUUUAUUCACAGGAGGAAAUUGGGCUGCUCUUUUUUUCUUUUUCUUAUUUUUUUUGGGGCGGGCGGUGGGGUGCCUUUUCAGGCAUUUAUAACCCUACAUUAACUGUUGUACUUGUUGGGUAGCUUCCACUCUAAGAGUUUUUCCAAACCUUGUAAGUUUGUAGAUUUGCCGCCUUGUAAGACAGUUUUGUUGAAUCAUUGUGGUUUAUUUUGCCACCACGUUCU